AGAGCUUUAUGAAACUAUCAGUUUAUAUGCAAACUUCUCUUCAGUCUCCACUGCAGAUGACGAUGCAUAUUCUGGAAUAUACUGGAAUACUGUAUGCAAGCAGUUCUCAAAGUGUGGGUCGGGACCCCACACAUCUCCUUGUAGUCUGUUCAUUUGGCUGUGUACAAACUCAAAUAUGUGCGAAUAAGUCAAAAUGCCUGGCCGUAGUUGCUAAGGAACUGCAAAGAUUUCCCAGAAAUAAACAAAGAUGCAUGGACGUGAUCGGAGCUAUGCACAAACUUCCGGUAUCCUGAUCUGAAUGAUCUCCCGUUUGCCCGUUUGUCGAGUCACACUGUCAAGUGCAUUGAAAUAGUAGCCAUAUAAUAAAAGUAUUAAUUUUAAAUAAACCAAUCUGGUAAAAAUAUCAAUCCCAAAAUGUCACUGUCUAGAUGUCUAAAGCAUAAAAGAACAGUGACUUCAUUUAAAUCUGGAUGGCUGGAUGAGACUAUAGAGAUGAUUACACCAAAGUCACAGAGCGUAAUGCUUAUUAACCUUCGUGAAAUAUUCACACAUUCACAUAUGAUGUGUAUAUUGUUGAGAUGCCAGAGCUUCGGGAGAAUUUUCAACAGGAAGAAUGUGGAAUGAUGUAUGGAAGUUGGAUUUCUUAAAGUGUUAUCUGUCAAGUAAGUCUCAUAUAGAUGGUGUAACAAGACUUAGAAACAAAAACCCUUCCUUAUGGAGCGGAUUGCUUAGCAUGAUUCUUGAAAGUCCAGCUGAAAAGCAGAGGAGACAAAUUAUCUUGAAUGCAAGCGCUCAAACCCAGAAGAAAUCAAGGUACUAAUUGACAGUGUGUUGUUGUCUAUUAGAAUGAACAGCUCAGUGCUUUCUGUUCAGGAUAUUAAUGACCAUAUGGAAAAGUAUGUGCGCAUACCAGCGAGCUGGAGAAGUAAAAAUUAUGCUUUUGAAUGUCUUGUAAUUAUCAACUGCAUUGUCCAAAAUGACCUCAUGCAUGAAAUAGCAUCAGCAAUGUUUCAUACUCUAGCAGUUGAUGAAAGCACUGAUAUAUCCAUUAACAGAUACUUGAUACUCUACUUUAAAUAUAGAUCCAUAAAUUCUGCAGACUAUAAAACUUCGUUUGGUGGACUAUUAUGAUUGCAAGAAUGUGAUGCCGUUUCAAUAGUGUCUGCAAUCAAAGAAUUUUAUAAGAAACACCAACUUGAUCUAAUGUAAAUGCUGAUGUUCACAUCUGAUGGUGCCUCUGUGAUGUUGGGCAAACUCAAUGGCGUGGCGGCUCAGCUGAAACGUGAUAUUCCACACUUAGUCCAGCAACCUUGCGUUGCACACCGGGAAGACUUGGGGAUUUCUGAAGCAUGGAAAGAGGUCAAGCUGAUAAGAGACAUCGAUACCUUAAUGAGAACUGUCUACACAGUGUUCUGUCGGUCAUCCAGGAGAAAAUGCAAAUUUCAGGAAAGAGUGGAUACUUCUGAAUGUGAGUCAGUGGCUUUCAGGCCACUCAGUGAAGUGCACUGGUUAUCUAGGCACUUUGCACUUGGAGCAAUUAUUCGCAACUAUCAUCCUCUUCUGGAAUAUUUUGAGCAAGACAAAGAUACUGAUCCAGUUUCUAAAUACUGCCACAAAAAGCUGAAUACCAUGGAAUACCGAAUAACAUUAGAAGUUUUGAAUGACGUUUUGUUGGAGCUGGCUUCACUAUCCACGCUGCUCCAGAAAUGGGACCUUACAUCUCUUGAAGCAUUUCACCUUGCCCGAGGUAAACUGAAGAAGAUCAGAAGACAGUACCUUGGAGAUUCAGUCUUAUGGAGUGACAAAGUUAAGGCUCUCUUAGAUAUGAGCUCUCAAGAAAAUAGUGAAAUUGAUACCAGUUCCAUAAUAACUUUCAUAAACAUCUUGUGUGCACAUUUGGCAGACAGGUUUCCAGAGGAUGAAGUCCAGGAGUGGUCCGCUUUUGAUUGUGAAGCAAUAGUUAAACGUGACUUCAAUUUUGGAAUUCAUCAGGUCAAAUCCCCAUGUUCAAAAUACAAAGACUUUAUUGCUGAAGAGAUUGUUAUAGUCAGUCAGUACAAUGACUUCAAGUUUGCACUAACCGAAAGAAUCAAAAGCCAAUUGGUUUUAAGUUUCCCAGAUAUGGUGACAUUUGCUCACCAGAACGAACAGUUUCAGGAGCUUGCAAAGUUGAUGGAUAUUGGAGGAACAUUCCUAGCAUCAAGUGCAGACUGUGAGCAUGGCUUUAGCUUAAUGAACACUCUAAAACACAAACUACGGAGUCGUUUACAAGUAGAUCAUUUGGACAUGCUGGUGUGUAUUAAGAGUUACCAUCUGGAUGGAGGACUGAUAGAUCUGGACAGUUUAUAUUGAAUGGGCAAAUGAAAAAGAUCGCAGGGAAAAACAGUAAGGUUAGUUUAGCGGUCCUUGACAUUUCGACCAAUAAGGAAAUUAAAAUGCAUUUGUAAUUACAUAUCUUAUUCUUGGCUGAUAAUCAUUUAUUGAUAUUUUUUAGGAAAAUUUUAAAUGUAAAACACAAACUCUUGUUUUUCUUUUUUUACUUAUGAUGUCUCUAUCUGAAAACCCAUAUAAAUUGACAUAAUGGGCAUAUUUAUUAAAUUGUCUUUAUUAUAUGUUUAUCAAAAUCUUUUCGGACAUGUGUAUAGAAUGAAAGGUGAAAGUGGACACCAAUGGGCAGAAGCCUAUGGACUGAUAAUGAUCAUGAUUAAUAUGUGCUUGAUAUAUGCUCGUGAUUUUCUAUAAAAAAGAUCAUAAAGCAUAAUGCUUAAAACUAACUUCUGCUUCAUGAAGAAUGGUUAAAUUUCCUUUUUCUAAGUAUUUUAAAAUGACAUUUCUAAAAUAACAUAGUGUAAAACUAUUUUUAUCACAAAUUGCAAAUUAAAACUUUUUAAAUGUAUAA